GAGGGGGGGAGCGAGGGUGGGGGGAGGAGAUCGCAGUUGAGAUAGGCUUUUGUAUGUCUUAUUUUUUCUUCCUCUCUUGAAUUAUCGUUUUCGAAUUGCAAACGAAAGAAGAAAGAAAAAUGGCGACAAGAGGAGCAGGAGGGGGUGGAGGCUAUCUGGUGAGCCAGGGGAGCCCUGUGCACCCCAACGCUGGGGUCAACCCCAUGACUGGACAGAGCCUUAGGAUGUCUCCAAGUCUCCAACAAGGACCAGGAUUCCGCCCCAUGGCUCCAGGAGUUGGGUUCCCUCGGCCGCCAGGGAUGCUGGCAGGAGCUCGAAUGGGAAUGCCGGGCAUGCAGAUGGGAAUGCCCUCCGCCCCACAGUACAUGGGGAAUGCUGCUGGGAGGCUGGGAAUGUCACAGCAAAUGAUGGACCCGUUCCGCAAGCGUCUUCACCAGCAGCCGAUGCUGAAUCGAGGGAGAGGUGUGAAGAGAAGGAAGAUGGCUGACAAAAUUCUACCACAAAGGAUCCGAGAACUCGUUCCUGAAUCUCAGGCUUACAUGGACCUCUUGGCCUUUGAGCGCAAACUGGACCAGACGAUCAUGAGGAAACGUCUAGAGAUUCAAGAAUCCAUGAAGAAGCCUUUAACGCAAAAGCGUAAGCUGAGGAUCUACAUCUCCAACACUUACAUGCCAGCCAAGCCUGAGGGCGAGGGGGAGGGCGAGUCUGUCGCCUCCUGGGAGCUUCGGGUGGAAGGAAAACUCCUCGAUGAUCCUGGAAAAGUGAAGAGAAAGUUUUCGUCAUUCUUCAAGAGUUUGGUCAUUGAGUUGGACAAAGACCUUUACGGGCCAGACAAUCACCUAGUGGAGUGGCACCGGAUGCCCACCACCCAGGAGACAGAUGGCUUCCAGGUGAAACGGCCGGGAGACGUCAAUGUGAAGUGCACUCUGCUCCUGAUGCUGGAUCAUCAGCCCCCACAGUAUAAGCUGGAUGCCAGGCUGGCCCGUUUGCUGGGCGUCCACACCCAGACUCGGGCUAACAUCAUGCAGGCCCUGUGGCUGUACAUCAAAAAGAACAAGAUGCAGGACAGCCACGAGAAGGAGUACAUCAACUGCAACCGCUACUUCAAGCAGAUCUUUAACUGCUUGAGGAUGAAAUUCUCCGCGAUUCCAGUCAAACUGGCCACGCUCCUACAGCAUCCCGACCCCAUCAUCAUCAACCACAUGAUCAGCGUUGACCCCAGUGACCAGAAGAAAACGGCUUGCUAUGACAUCGAUGUGGAGGUUGACGACCCUCUGAAAAGUCAAAUGAGUAACUUUCUUCUUUCGACGACCAACCAGCAGGAAAUCGCGGUCCUGGAUGUUAAGAUUCACGACACAAUUGAAUCGAUUAACCAGCUGAAGACCCAGCGAGACUUCAUGCUAAGUUUCAGUAACCACCCCCAGGAGUUUAUCCAGGACUGGAUCAAGUCACAGUGGAGAGAUUACAAGGUGAUGACAGAUAUCAUUGGAAACCCAGAGGAGGAGAGAAGGGCUGAGUUUUACCAUGAGCCUUGGACCCAAGAAGGUGUUGGACGAUUCAUCUUUUCAAAGAUUCAGCAACGCAGGCAGGAACUGGAACAAGUCCUUGGAAUCCGCAUCACAUAGACCCAACGGUGACUUCUUUCCGAAAAAACUGGAGCUUGAUGACCCCCAAUGGUUGCUUGCACUGCUUUCUCUCCACUUCAGAACACGCCUGGUAAAAACGAUCGAUCGAUUCAUCUGUAUUUGGGAGUAGUUUGUAAUAAUAAUAUAUUAUUAAUAUUAAUAGAUUAUUAUUAUAAUUUAACUCAAUUUGUACAAAAUUCUUGUUUUGUUGGGUGGGGGAGAUGCAAUAAUAUACCAGGAUCUCCCCCAAAUACCCCACCACCAAAUAUUCUGCUCCUUGGCUCAUUGUUGACAAUAGCAGAGGCACAUUAUCUCAAUUAAUUGCUUGACAUUUGAAGAUAUCGAACUUUGGGUGUUUCGAAGACCAGCCACUAGUUUGACCAAAGGUCACUGGGCACGGCCCAAAAAUGGCAUUAUUUGUGUGUAUUUGAAGUCCAAACGAGCGUGCAACUGAAUGACUUAUCAGGGAACACAUCUUGAUGACACUUAGUAAACAAAAGGCACUCUUAAUUUAAUCCCACAAAAGAUGACACUUAUUAAAAUGUCCAAAGGUGCAGAUAAACUCACGGUGGGCACUGUUAAGGCUUCCUGGUAAUGAGAAAAAGCUUUAGAAAACGAAAUUAAAAUUUCCCAAACAAAAUAACGUUUAGUUGUUUUAGUGACAUUCACCACUGAAACGUCGUUGAAAUCUCUUACUGGGGAUUUUUGAGGUCGCUGCAGAAGAUUAUUGCAGAUACCCAGGACCAUGUCAAACCGUCCUGAUUUCUCCAUCUUUCAAGUCCAACAGCAUCGGUUCAUUAAUCCAUACUUAAUUGACUAUUGAUUAAUAACAAUAAUAAUCCUUGCUCUUGAUAUAGCACCUUAUCAUGUCUUC